AUGGAUGAUAAUACUGUUCGUUCACGUCAAAAAAAGACAACAAAUGAAAGUAAAGAUCAAAUUUUAGAUCAGGAAAAAGAAGAAAAGAUGCUUCUGAAAAAUCGCAAACAAGUUGCAGAUAAUUAUGAUUUUGGUGAUAUACAAAAACUUCCAGCUAAUAUUCGAGAUAUAAUGGAGAAAAGAUUUUUACGUUUGAUUGCUUGGGAAUUAUAUUUCGGUUAUAUUUUUUGGACAAUUUUUUUUGGUAUUGGUCCAAUGGUUAUGUUUUUUCCAAUGGUUAAAUUAGCUAUUGAUGGUUAUGAAGUCUUAAUACUUUCAUUAGCAAGUCCAAUUAUACUUACUUCUUCAUUUGUUAAUAAUAUUGCAGAAACUACUGUUGGGAAAUUACUUACUCGUUUAAUUGUAAUUAUUAGUUUAUUAUCAUUUCAAUUGGAAAAUCCUGUAAUUCGAUUGUUAAUACUUGCAUUCGGAACUUGUGCAGUAAUGAUUGAUCUUUGUACAAGUCUUAAUUCUCGAUAUCAUUCAUAUAGAUCAAUUGUUGUUUGGACAUUAACAAUCAGUUUAUUUUUCUUUCUCAGUCUUCGUGUUUGUUUUUCAAGUAUUAUGCCAGCUUGGUCAGGUUUUAUUGCAAAUUUAGUACAUGUUCUCAUUGGAUUUGUAGUAAUUUUUGAUCAAUUUGGACGAGAUAAUACUAUGUGGCAAUUACUUCCACCAUUAUCGCUAGCUUCAAUUACAUCAAUGUCUACACAUGGAAGUAAUUCAUUACGUUCAUCCUCGCGUGAUAAUAAUGUACAACCACAUUGGUUAUUACUUGGUAUUGGAUUUGGCAGUUUGUUAUUUAAUCUUCAAUGGGUAUUUGGUGAUUUAUCGGUAAUUAGUCGUUGGGCAUCGAAUGGUUUUCCUGAUCAAGCACCUGAACCAAUUCCUUACGGAUUACUCGUUUGGAUUUGUUUAUUUUGUGGUGUCGUAACUAUCAAUCGUCUUAGUAUAGUAACUAAUCGAUGGUGGGCAUCUGUAGGAUUUAUUGGUUAUGGUAUAUUAUAUUUCAAUCGUGGAAAUGCUUCAUUUAUUGGUGGCCUUGCUUUGAGUUUAUUUAUUGGAUCAGUUAUUCCAUUAAUAUUUGAUAAAAUUGCUCGCGGUCUUCAAGCUCGUAUUGUUGUAACUGCUGCAUUCGUGUAUAUUAUUCAAGUUGUGUAUGCUGUUUGGACAAGUGCCUAUAAUUUUGUUCCAUUUGGUGGAACAUUAACACGUGAAACAUCUCAUGUUUUAGUAUUCUUUAAUUUCCUCGGUAUUUAUUUUGGUGUUUAUACAGCUAAACCAAAUUUAGGAACAUAUAUACGUGGUCGUGUUUCAUCCAUAAGUUUACCAAGUCGUCAUAUAUGGACAUUAUUUGGUAUUGCUUUCAUGAUUGCUUGUGUUGGUACAUUUUCACGUUUUCUUGCGUUACCAUCAAAAGCAUUACGACAAGCAGAAGAUCCAACACAUAUUUCUGCUGCUAUUUGGACAGUUCAUUUCGGUUAUGACAAUAAUGCGCAUCCAAGUCUUGAUCGUGUUGCAGCUGCUCUUGCUGAUACUAAUGCUGAUGUGAUUGGUCUUCUGGAAACUGAUACAGCUAAACCAUUCUUUGGAAAUACGGAUUUAACAUCGUAUUUAGGAGAAAAAUUACAUAUGUUUACAGAUUUUGGUCCUUCAUCAAAAGAUCAUACUUGGGGAUGUAUUAUUCUUUCAAAAUAUCCAAUUGUUCGAUCUGUUCACUAUUUAUUACCAUCACCCGAAGGUGAACUAGCACCAGCUAUUCUUGCAACAGUUCAAACAGCAAGCAAAUUAAUUGAUGUACUUAUUGUUCAUAUGGGUAAUGAUCGAGAUGAUUUAGAUAGAAAAUUACAAGCAGCAAAAUUACGAGAUAUUAUGCAAAAUAGUACUAAUCCAUUAGUAUUUCUUGGUUAUGUUACAUCGGCACCAUUUAGUCGAGAUUAUCAAAUGUUAACUUCAGUUGCAAAUGAUAUUGAUUCAACAGAUAGAGAUCGUUGGUGUGAAUAUAUUUUAUAUAAAAAUUUAAUUCGUGUUGGUUAUGCACGAAUUACACAUGCUGGUUUAACAGAUACAGAAAUUCAAAUGGCAAAAUUUAAAAUACCAACCGAUAAAAAAUAUACUGAUAAUCCAACUGUUGUUACUGACCCAUCGGUUGUUAAAGAUCAAUCGCUUCUUUUUAAUUCAAAAUUCGGAUCAUUCUACAGAGGUCAUGGACGUUUUAAUACUCAUCGUUUUCAUAUGGAUACACCAAAAUAUUUCCUACCAAAAGAAAAUCAAUCAAAUUAA